CCAAGGUCUCUUCCCCUUUCUUUUUCCCCUCACCUUUAUCACUUCUUUCUCUUUCUCUCUCUCUCUCUCUCUCUCUCUCUCUCUCUCAUCAUCAAUCCCUAAGCUUUGAGAGACCACUCCUAUCCCUUGGUGGGUCUUUCUCUCUUUUCUCCAUUAAUCUCUAGCAGGGUUAUUGAGUAGUUUUCUCUAGAGAGAGAAGAUAUAUAGGAGAGAAGAGAGAAAGAGAGAGAGAGAGAGGAGGAGGAGGAGGGGAGAGGAGUGAGGAAACAAGCUUGCUAGGUGCUUUUCUUUUUCUUUUUUCUCUCUUUGUUGUUGUUGUUGUUGUUGUUGUUGGUGUUGUUGUGGUGGGAGAGGGUGAGGAGAUCAUAUAGAUACAUACAUAUAUGAGUCCACCAAAUAAUAAUAAUAAUAAUAGCAACAACAACAUGGGAGGAGGAGGAGGAGGAGGAGGAGGAGGAGGGCAAUUUGGAGACACCACUUACACCAAAGUGUUUGUUGGUGGGCUUGCUUGGGAGACUCAGAAGGACACCAUGAGGAGAUAUUUUGAGCAGUUUGGGGAGAUCUUGGAGGCUGUGGUGAUCACUGAUAAGAACACUGGCAGAUCCAAGGGCUAUGGAUUUGUGACAUUUCGAGAGCCCGAGGCUGCGAUGAGGGCUUGCGUCGAUCCGGCGCCGGUGAUAGAUGGGAGGAGAGCUAAUUGCAAUCUUGCUUCCUUAGGAGUUCAGAGAUCUAGGCCUACAACUCCUCAACAUGGGGGAAAUAGAAGCUUUAGGAUGAUGAAGUCCUUCCACACAGGCCUUCAUGGUGGGGUGGCCACAGCUUUUCCUUCUCCCUCCACCUUCCCUCAUUAUGCCAUCCAACAAGGGAUCCCAUAUAACGUCUAUGGGUAUUCUCCGUAUUCUGCGGACUACAGCUACCCCACGAACUACUACAACAUGUAUGGAGGAGCCACAACACAAUACCCAGUAUAUGGAGGGGCAACUGGGAUGGUAACUGGAACAACUCCCUACUACCCAUACUUCCAAUUCGGCCAGGGCGGCGGCGGCGGCGGCGUCGGUGGAGCAGCUUCAUUCGCCACCGGAACGCAAGGCUACGGCUUGCACUACCCCCAGAUGUUCCACUACUCCGCGGUGGCGACUUCGACGGCCGGAUUGACCGGCUUUGCCCAACACUAUGGAGGUCCAUUGUCCCUUGCACCUAGCCCACCAGCACAAGCAGGCAUGACUAUGGGUCUCACAGCUCCAACUCUUCCCACUACUCCACCUCAAGCUCAUGCCCAUCCCUACAGGCUUAUCCCUUCUCCCUUCACCGUCUCUGCGGCGGCGGCCGCGGCGCCGGAGCAACCCUUGGUUUAACCAUGGUUACUUCCAAUUGUUUCUUUCCUUUUCCCCUCAGUGUGAGUCCAUGCAUGUAUUAGUGUACACCACAUGGUCAUCAUGAUUCCAGGUUUAGUCCCACAGGGGCUGUGGGAAGGACAAAAACCUGAGAAUGUGGAGAAGUGCCUUUUCUCCAAGCCACCACUUGUUAUUUGUGGGUGUUUGGGAAAGUGCUUUUGCCCUAAGGAUGGGCUCAAAGCACCUUGCCCCAAGGUUGGGGCUUUUUACUAACAGAAACCCUUCUAUAUUUCUAACCCUCAUCAUGCACCAACUUUUGGUGUUCCCAUGAUAUAAAAGUAGAAGCAUUCUAAUUAACCCUAGUCCAAGAAGGACUUUAUGGUAAAGCAAAAAAGCUACCUAGCUUGGGACUUGAGAAACCCUAAGCCCAAGAGGGCUAUGGCAAAAGAAACCCUAACUGAGCUUCAAGCAUAUUUCUAAUUAGGGCUUGAGCUAAUACCAAGUUAACAAGGAUUAAGAAAAUGUGACCCAACAACUUAUUGGACAAGUCUCACAAACCCUAGUCAAUGUUUAAACCCUAGCCCUUGAUGAGCUUAAGAACUUCUUAAGCUUGUCCCCUACAAAACCCCUUGACCUAUUCCACCCACCAAUAUUACCUAACCAUCAUUUAGAUAUAUUAAUUUAGUGUAACUAGCCACUCACCUUACCUAAUCCAAGGUAAGAUGAAUCACUAACCAUCUUUGUUGCUAGUUUUUUGUGUACAUUUUUGUGGUUAAGCUCUGAGGAGAGUUUAGCCCAUCUAACACAAGAGUUAAAGGGAGUGCUGAUGUUUGUUUUAUGCAUUCAGCUCUACCUCAUGUCCUUUAUUCUCACAUGGACCCCAAAAAUGGCUUUUGGAGUUCCAACCACCAAAAAUGGACCCAAGUUGAUAUUUUUGUUCUUUUGGGUCCCAACUCCUCUAACAUCCCACUACCCACCUUUAAAAAAUGAAAAAAAAAAAAAGUGCCAUGGUUAGGUCCAAGAGUCUCUCUCUCCCCCUCUCCCUCUCUCUCUCUCUCUCUCUCUCUCUCUCUCUCUCUCUCUCUCAGACAUUGAUGCUUUUUAAAGGUACUAUUAAUGUACUGUUAGUGACAUGGGUUGUAAUAAGUGUGCAUGCCACUUUAGGACAAGCUGAUAUUAUGAUAUGUACCAUGUCGAAUCACUAAGUUAAUAUUUGCUGUACUAUGAUAUUAAUCUUUUUGCUGUGCCUGUAUUAGAACUGCAUAUUUCUGCAAUCAUGUUUGUCUCCUGCUCCUA